AAUAUCACAACGGUACUAGUCUACUACCGGCCCUACGAAGUCCCCAAUCGCAGAAAACCGGAAGCAACAAUUUAAGCAGCACCUCCAUCCCCCUUGCAACUCCUAAUCUAAGCCACAUAUUUAGCCUCCCUUAACCCUCCUCUAAUCCCCGGAACCACUCCUUUCUCCUCCCUGGUGGGAGGAGCCACCCCCUAACCCCCCACUUAAUCCUCAUUAUUUUAACUCAUAAUCAAGGCCACGCUCUCUCCAAACCCCCAGCUUCAGAAUUACGACACGCACCCUUCUCCCUCCGCUGCUUUGCUUGCCGCACGCACCUCCCCUUCUCCCUUCCCCUACAGUUAGAGAGCCCGCUCGUUGCACCGCCGGGCCGUGGAGAAGAAGCUAGGAUGUCUGGCGCGGGCGAGGGAAGCGGCGGGGGGCGCGCGGCGCGGCUGCCGCGGUGGACGCGGCAGGAGAUACUGGUGCUGAUCGAGGGGAAGCGGGUGGUGGAGGCGCGCGGGCGGGGCCGCGGGGGCAGGGGCGCGGGAGGGCUAGCGGGGGCGGAGCCGACCAAGUGGGCGGCGGUGGCGGAGUACUGCCGGCGGCACGGCGUGGAGCGUGGCCCCGUGCAGUGCCGGAAGCGGUGGAGCAACCUGGCGGGGGACUACAAGAAGAUCAGGGAGUGGGAGCGCUCCCUGCUGCUGCCGUCCGGGGGCAAGGAGGUGUCCUUCUGGGCCAUGCGCAACGACGCGCGCAGGGAGAGGCGGCUCCCGGGCUUCUUCGACCGCGAGGUCUACGACAUCAUCGAGGGCCGCGGCGGCUCCCGGAAUGCCGCGGCCCAGGCCCAGGUGGUGGUGGUGGAAGAGGAGGGGAAGGAGAAGCCGGCCCAGGCCUUGAACAGCGGCCGUGGUGUCCCUGAGGAGGGGCUUUUCACGUCCUCGUCCGCCUCGUCUGAGGAUGACGACGACGAAGCAUCCGUCGCGCCGCCGGCUCCGGUUCUUCCGUCUCCGUCUCCUUCUCCGGCCCCUGCCCACGCGGUGGUAGCCGUGACGGUACCCGACAAGAAGAACGAGGCACCUGUGCAAGAUAGCUCAGAGAAAGCAGCUACAUCCAAAGGCAAGCAACAAGAACAAAUUAUGGACGAUCCACCACCAGAGCAAGGCGGGCAGAAGAGGCAGCGCAGCGAUGACACCACAGGAGAAGCAACUGACCUGCAGGGCCAACUUAUUGAGAUUCUAGAUCAGAGCAGUCGGAUGGUGGCGGCGCAGCUGGAGGCUCAGAACAUCAACUGCCAACUGGAUAGAGAACAGAGGAAAGACCAAGUGAGUAGCUUGCUCAGUGUGCUUGGCAAGGUGGCCGAUGCCCUCUACAGAAUCGCUGAUAAGCUGUAAUUGCCAAUAUAAAUGUCUUGAGCAAAGUGAAUAUGCUGCAAAUAAGAACAGAAUUAGCAUGACAAAGAAUGUACAGAUUGAUAUAGAGUAUCUUGGCAUUCAAAUCUUCUUUUAUAUGUGUUCUGAAAUUCAGUCAGAAACCUCAAGAUGUCAUAUAUUCCUCAUGGAGAUGUAGUGGCUUGAUAGCAUUUGUACAUCCCAAUACCCUAACAUCGUGUAUUUUGGUAAAUCAGAAUCUGGGGAGGAAACUUAGUGCUUA